GCCUCCACUAUCCCUCUACAAAAAGUGAAUAGAGCAAGCGUUUAAGUUAGGCCAGCCGUUUUUGUAGUAAUAUUGAUCAAAACUUUCUAAAUAAAACUAAAAAGAGCUAUGGAAUCAUCAAGUGUAGACAAAGAAACAACGAAAGAGCAACUGAUUGAUAAGGUUGUAGUGCAUCCCUUAGUACUACUGAGUGUCGUGGAUCACUUUAACAGAAUUGGAAAAACUGGCAAUGUUCAAAGGGUUGUGGGAGUCUUGCUUGGGUCAAGGAGAAAUAAAAUAUUGGACAUUUCGAACAGCUUUGCAGUUCCUUUUGAUGAAGAUGAUAAAGAUGCAACUGUAUGGUACUUGGACCACGAUUAUCUUGAAAAUAUGUCAGCCAUGUUCAAGAAAGUAAAUGCUAAAGAAAGAGUUGUUGGAUGGUAUCACACUGGACCAAAGCUACAUCCAAAUGAUAUAAGGAUAAAUGAAGUGGUCAGAAGAUUCAAUCCAAAUUCUGUCUUAGUUAUAAUUGAUGCAAAGCCAAAGGAACUUGGCCUCCCAACUGAAGCAUACAUAGCUGUCGAGGAAGUUCAUGAUGAUGGCACUCCAACAUCCAAGACAUUUGAACAUAUUCCGAGUGAAAUUGGUGCUGAAGAAGCUGAAGAAGUUGGAGUUGAACACCUUUUAAGGGAUAUUCGAAACAUUACGGUUGGUACUUUGUCGCAAAGAAUCACAAAUCAGCUUGUUUCCCUGAAAGGCUUGCAUUCACAUUUGCACGACAUCCAAAAUUACUUAGAACAAGUUGUUGCCAAAAAGCUCCCAAUAAAUCAUGCCAUCGUUUACCAACUCCAGGACGUUUUUAAUCUUUUGCCAAAUCUGAAUAUUGAUGAGUUCAUGAAGUCAUUUUUAGUUAAAACUAAUGAUCAAAUGCUGGUCAUUUAUGUUGCCUCUAUGAUUCGAUCAAUUAUUGCUUUGCAUAAUUUGAUCAAUAACAAGCUACAAAAUAAGGAUUACGAAAAGGAGGAAACAAAAGGAAAGGAUACCAAAGAAAAAAAAGAGAAGGAAAAGAAAAAGGACGCGGAAAAAAAAGCCAAGGAAGAGAAGGAAAGUUCUACUGAAAAGUAGUUAAUAUUACAACAAAAUGGAUGGUUUAAAAUAUAUUUGUUGAUCGUGUUGGUUAGUUUCUCCUUCAUUACUGAGAUGUGGUUUCAAUACCAUACCAUUUA